AUGAAAUUGGUUCUUUAUAUGGCGGGACUUAGGUCUCUCCUCCUUGCUCUCUGGAUUGUUCCUGUUGGAGAAGCUGUGAUGGAACUGAAACUGGCAUUCAGACCAAAUCCCUGUGAUGGAGUAGUGUUGGUUAAACACCAAGAAUCCUGGGGUUUUGUGUGUAAUGAAGUCUGGACAUUGGCAGAGGCUUCUGUGAUCUGUCGGCAGCUGGGCUGUGGAAGAGCAAUUGGUGCUCCCAAAUAUGUUCCCUUGCCUGGAGAGAGUCUUCAGCCAUGGCUCCAUGGAGUAUCCUGUAAAGGCAAUGAGUCAACUUUCUGGGAAUGUGAUCUUGGGGAAUGGAGUCAGAAAAAUUGUUCCUACGAAUGGGUUGUCGUAGUUCUUUGUUCAAAUGGAACUUUUCGGGAAAUCAGACUACUGAAGGGAAACAGUCCCUGUGCUGGGCUUCCUGAGAUAAGAAAUGAGAAGGGCAUAGACAGAUUGUGUGGCCUCCAUAUGGAAGAGGCAACUGUGUUUUGCCAGGAGCUGAGAUGUGGCCCGGCUGUCCAAGCUCCCAGAAAAGGUUUGGGUGAUAGUCAGAAAUACAUGACUUGUAAAGGGACAGAGCCAACAAUUCGAAACUGUAGGUUGAACAAUAAGUUCCGGAGUGGCUGCUCCCUCCAGCUGGAUGAUGAAGUCAUUUGUGCAGAGCACACAGAAGUCCGUCUCGUUGGAGGUGAACAUCCCUGUGCUGGGCGCCUGGAGGUGAGACGAGGCCUGACGUGGGGCACAGUCUGUGAUUCGGAUCUUGACCUUCAGACAGCCCACGUGGUCUGCCGGGAAUUAAGGUGUGGAGUAGCCGCUUCCAUCCCCGGAGGAGCGCGCUUCGGAGCGGGCUCCGGCCCAGUGUGGAGGGAAGUUUUCCAGUGUGUAGGGAACGAGUCUCUGCUGUUUCACUGCCCUCGGGGGUCGCCACAGAAGGAGCUGUGCCUACACAGUCAGGAUGCUGGGAUCAGGUGCUCAGACUACAGGCUAGUGAAUGGCAGUAAUAGAUGUGCAGGGAGAGUGGAACUCCAGAUACAGAAAGGGUGGGCCCCCCUCUGUGCCACCCACUGGGAUUUGCAAGAUGCAACUGUCCUCUGCCAUCAGCUCAAUUGUGGCCAUGCCAUAGCAGCUCCAGGAGGAGGCUACUUUGGAGAAGGAGAUGGUUUGAUCCUUCCUGAUAAAUUUCACUGCACAGGGACAGAAGCUCAUUUAUGGAACUGCCCUGCAAGCACAUUGGGGGCAUCCAAGUGUACCCUGGGGAAUGCGGCUGGGACCAUCUGCUCAGAUUCUCUCCGUUUGAGGGACGGACAGAGCCGUUGUGAUGGGAAAGUGGAGAUUUUUCUGCAUGGAGUUUGGGGCCCGGUCCAGAGUCAUGAUUGGGACAUUAAUGCUGCUCAAGUGUUGUGUAGGCAGCUCCAAUGUGGAAAGGUGGAGACAGUCUAUACCUCCCUUACCUCAGGCCCAGAGGUGGGCCCUGUGGUUUCAAGCAGCAUGAAGUGUAUAGGCAAUGAGACCCAGCUGAACCAGUGUAACAUCUCCACAUCUGCCCUGGCUCCAGUGGGGAUCACUCAAGAUGUUGGUGUCAUCUGCUCAGGGAGCAGAAGGAUCCGCCUGGUGAAUGGCACUGGCCGCUGUGCAGGGCGAGUGGAGAUCUACCACAAUGGCACCUGGGGCACAGUGUGUGAUGAUUCCUGGGAUCUUUCUGACGCCAAUGUGGUCUGCAGCCAGCUGGACUGUGGUGUGGCCCUCAGUGCCAUGGGAUCUGCUCACUAUGGAGCAGGGGCUGGGCCCAUCUGGCUGGAUGAGCUGAGCUGCUCUGGCAAUGAGUCUGAACUCUGGCAGUGCCCGUCCCGAGGCUGGGGCCAGCAUGACUGCAGACACAAGGAGGAUGCUGGCGUUCUCUGCUCAGACUUUACUGCUUUGAGGCUGAUCAGUGAGACUCAUAAUUGUGCUGGGUGGUUAGAAGUUUUUUACAAUGGAACAUGGGGAAGAGUGUGUAGCAAUUCCCUGAAGGAACUCUCCCUGGAAAUUAUAUGCAAGCAAUUGAAGUGUGGAAAAGAGGGCUGGCUGGAGAAUAAACCAGUGCCCUACAGAGGCUCAGAAGUGAACUGGCUGGAUAAAAUUGAAUGCCGUGGCUUGUACACUAACUCUUUGUGGCAGUGCCCAUCAGCAUCCUGGCAUCCACACUCAUGUUCCCGAGGAGAUGAAGCUUGGAUCACGUGCGAAGGAUGGACAAAGAAGACUUCAGAGAGUCCAGGGGAGAGGCUCAACUGUUCAUCUACCCAAGACUGCACAGGGACAAACAGGCUGCGUGUCACAGAUGGAGAGAACAGCUGCUCUGGCCGAGUAGAAGUCUGGCAUGCCGGCUCUUGGGGAACAGUGUGUGAUGAUUCCUGGGACCUGGAAGAUGCUGAGGUUGUGUGUCGGCAGCUGGGCUGUGGCCCGGCUAUAUCUGCUCCAGGAGAAGCAGCUUUUGGACCAGGGAAAGGGACUGUUUGGUUGGAUGAAGUGAAGUGUAAGGGCACUGAACUGUCUCUGUGGGACUGUCUCGCAGAGCCCUGGGGACACAGUGAUUGUGGUCACAAGGAAGAUGCAGCUGUGAAUUGCUCUGGUAGGAAAGAGAAGACAAUACUAUUGCCUGGAAGAGGUUUCCUAUCACCAGCCCAAGAAGGAGAUAAUACAUUAAAGAUCAUUUGUUUUAUCCUUGGAACACUUCUCUGCUUUGUUUUAAUAUUCCUCGGGGCUCAGAUGUGGAACAAGAAAAUCUUCUGCCAGGUUUUCAAAACAAGUCAGAAUUCUCUUACUGAGGGCAUCUAUGAGGACCUUGCAAUGGGGGAGAAAUAUGAAGAGGUAAAAGAGAAAGAUAUUAGUCUGUCAGAAGAGUAUGAUGAUAUUGAAGAAAAUGAGAAACAUUUGACCAAGAAAGAAGAUGAUGGAGAGAAGGAAGAAGAAGAGGAAGAAAAAGUUAUCACUUCCUCAGGAUUGGCACCUCAUCUUAUGGACAUCAAUGAGCUUCUUGUGGAAGAAAGUGACCCAUCUUUACCUCCUGGAUAUGAUGAUGCUGAAUUGGAUAUCUUAGGGAUGGUGUUAUACCAAAAGAAUUUUAAAUAAAAUAUCUUAUGAAACUAGAAAUAUAUUCUCAUCCAUUCUUGAAUCUGGUACUUGGGAAACAUCAACAUUGUUUACGUUUUUAAUUUCACUAAAGUGUCUUUACCAGCUCUAAUUUUUUCUUUUCUUUUAUGACUUGUCCUUGGUUUUGUUAUCAAACGAUGCCUGAAUUAUCUAAGUGAUUAUUGCUAUAAUGGGGAUUAGAAAGGAUUGGCAAUUGUCCUGACUUCUCUUGAAGACAUUUUAACUCCUAAAAUAGUGUUCCACACACAACAGGUCCAAUUCUUUCAAUUUAUUGUUGAAACUCAGAGAAAUUAAAUAACAUGUUAAUAGUCAUACUACUAGUGAUUGUCUGGGAUGGGGUUUGAACCCAGGUAUUCCUGACUUCCAGUCUUGUGUUCCAUUCACCCUCCCGUGUUUCUGGAUAAUGACUGAGAUGAAUAAUAUUUUUAAAAGUACGGUAAAUAUGCCAUCCAAUGCCCUGAGUAGCCAGUAGAAUGUAAAGAUUCUUUAGGACAGAGAAUAUUUUUGCCUUUGCAUCUCCAUACUCUUGCACAGUAUCUUGCAUGUAGCAGCUUUUUAAUAAAUAGCAACUGAAAUGA